AACUCGAGAAACACCAGUCACUGGUCAAUCCUGCACCGUACAACAUGGACAACGAAACGCAGAGCCUCGAGGCGAUCAUUGAGAACAACCUAAGCGGGCGGGAUCUUGACGAGUUCAACAGGAUCUACUAUGGACGCAAAAACCAUCUUGAGGUAAAGCUAAAAGACUCUUCUCUUGCUGCUGCCAAAGAGGCUGACUUCGAAGUUGCCGCUUACGCCUUCCCUGCUAAGAAGGAACAGACACGACCACCCAGGAUUGUCAAGGUAGGCGUUAUCCAACACUCUAUUGGCGCGCCUACGGACCGUCCAGUCAAUGAGCAGAAGAAAGCUAUUUUCGAUAAGGUUAAAAAGAUUAUCGAUGUCGCUGGCCAAGAGGGAGUUAAUAUCAUCUGUUUCCAAGAGCUAUGGAACAUGCCAUUCGCCUUUUGCACUAGGGAAAAGCAGCCUUGGUGCGAGUUUGCUGAAUCGGCCGAGGAAGGUCCAACGACACGCUUCCUCCGUGAGCUGGCCAUGAAGUACUCAAUGGUGAUUGUCUCUUCAAUCCUUGAACGUGAUGAGAAACAUGCUGAUAUCUUGUGGAACACAGCUGUCGUCAUCAGUGACUCCGGUAAUGUCAUCGGAAAACACCGCAAGAACCACAUCCCCAGGGUGGGUGACUUCAAUGAAUCUAACUACUACAUGGAAGGCAAUACUGGACACCCAGUCUUUGCUACAAGAUACGGCAAAAUCGCAGUGAAUAUUUGUUUCGGCCGUCACCAUGUUCUGAACUGGAUGAUGUUCGGUCAGAACGGUGCGGAGAUCGUGUUCAAUCCUUCAGCAACAAUUGCUGCUGAAGCAGGCAGCGAGUACAUGUGGAACAUUGAAGCUAGGAAUGCAGCUAUCACGAACUGCUACUUCACGGCAGCUAUCAACAGAGUUGGGUACGAAGAAUUCCCCAAUGAAUUCACGUCGGCUGAUGGUAAGCCGGCCCACAAAGACUUGGGAUUGUUUUACGGAUCGAGCUACUUCUGCGGUCCAGAUGGCGUUAGGUGCCCCGGUCUUUCGCGCACGAAAGACGGUCUUCUCAUCGCUGUGAUGGAUCUCAACAUGAACAGACAGAUUAAAGACCGUCGCUGUUACUACAUGACCCAGCGUUUGGACAUGUAUGUCAACAGCCUCAGCAGAGUUCUCGAUUUAGAAUACAAGCCGCAGGUCGUCCAUGAAAACGAUAAGUGAAAGGAAUAAGGCGCUAAGAAUGACUAAUGAUGAUCCUAUUUAUUUAAAAAAAAGGCAGUUAUUCAUCAGACGUAAUUUGAAUUUAUAUUUUCAAAUUAAACUUGUUCGCUAAUUA